GCCUCAGGUAAUCCCACAGGGUUUAAGAACACGUCGGGGAGAAAAAAAAACUACAUUACCCACAAUUCUAUUGUUGCGCACAUGACUCGCUCGUCACGGUUACGGUCAAAACACUGAGGUCUCUCAUUUCCAGCGGUGGUGGCUUAAGCUCAAUCUCCAAAUGGCUUCACCAUCAAACCAUCACCGUUGAAAAACCUCAGCUGGCUCCUGACUGGACACAAAUAUUCAUCUGCAGCUGGGUUAUUUCUUGUAGCUUCAUUCCAAUUUCCUCACCUGAUUUUCUGAGGUGCUUAACGCUUCCCAGACUGAGCUGCACCCUGGUGACUCAUGGCAAUUAACAACGAUGUUGAGGACUGGGGUGGUGCUGGCAGCAGUGACUCUGGAGAAAGGGCGUGGCUCUUGCAGAGCCCCAGCGUGGAUUCUGUUCGGCAACCUGAGUCUGACAGGAGGAGCUCGGGAGUGUCACCAAUAGGUGCUAUUUUCAUCGUGGUGAAUGCAGCGCUGGGAGCAGGUCUACUCAAUUUCCCUGCGGCCUUCAAUAUGGCAGGAGGUAUAACUGCAGGAAUCGUGCUUCAGAUGUUUAUGCUGAUCUUCAUAAUCACCGGGCUGGUGAUCCUCGGAUACUGCUCCCUGGUCAGUAAUGAAGGUACUUACCAGGAAGUUGUUCGAGCCACUUGCGGGAAAGUCACAGGAGUUGUAUGUGAAGUAGCCAUUGCCAUCUACACAUUUGGCACAUGCAUUGCUUUCUUCAUUGUCAUCGGAGACCAGCUCGAUCGCUUGAUCGCUGCAGCGGGUCAUAAUGCAGAGGGUGAAGACGAUCACUUCUGGUACACUAACCGCAAAUUUACCAUCUCUCUGACUGCGGUACUGGUCAUUCUUCCUCUCUCCAUCCCCAAAGAGAUUGGCUUCCAGAAGUAUGCCAGUACUCUGAGUGUGAUGGGAACCUGGUAUGUUACCAUAGUGGUCAUCAUUAAGUACAUCUGGCCGGACAAAGAAGUGACUCCGGGCUAUGUUCCUACCAGUUCUGAUUCCUGGACUGCAGUUUUUAAUGCAAUGCCCACCAUAUGCUUUGGCUUCCAGUGCCAUGUCAGCUCCGUGCCAGUGUUCAACAGCAUGAGGAGGAAGGAGAUCAAACCCUGGGGACUUGUUGUCACCUUCAGCAUGUUCAUCUGCCUUUUUGUUUACACUGGAACAGGUGUCUGUGGCUUCCUGACAUUUGGCUCCAACGUCAGUCAGGAUGUAUUGAUGUCGUACCCUCCCGAUGAUAUCGCCGUAGCCAUUGCGAGAGCUUUCAUCAUCGUCUGUGUGGUCACCUCCUACCCUAUUUUACACUUCUGUGGCAGGGCAGUUAUAGAGGGACUUUGGCUGCGUUUCCAAGGUGAACAGGUAGAGGUGUGUGUACGUCGUGAGAGGAGGAGGAGGAUCCUGCAGACGCUGGUGUGGUUUAUCAUCACCCUCGUCCUCGCCCUCUUCAUCCCAGACAUUGGUCGAGUGAUCUCUCUGAUCGGAGGACUGGCAGCCUGCUUCAUCUUUGUCUUCCCGGGUUUGUGUUUGAUGCAAGCCAAACUCUCAGAGACAGACGUCCGAUCUGUAAGCUGGCACGGGCUGGUGAUCUUCAGUGUUGCCAUGGUUACACUUGGAGCGUUCAUAUUCGGCCUCACUACGACGAACUCCAUCUACCAGGACGUCGUCAACUGAAGGGAAUGUUUUUCAUGAGCCAGUGCUGCUCUCAGGCCUCUGCUGCUACUCGGGACCUCUGGAUGAUACAAAGCGUCUCAUGACCCCCCCCCCCCCCCCAAAAAACAACAACAACAAAGACAAACAUCACCUGCUCCGUACUGACGUGAAGGUCUAGAGAGUUUUGCUCAAUCGGGGAGUCACCCCGUCAUGCCAAGGGAAUUCAGACGCUUCUAACAGCAUGUUUCAUGUGUUUUACUGUGUCAUUAUUUUCAGAAGGGACACACACUCCUUACUCCCCUCUGUGGAUGUAACAAUGACACGUUCCUGUUUACAAGAGCCAAGGGACUUAAUCAGAUUGAUUUUAACAACAGAAUUGUACCACUUUGUAUAAUUUAAUUAGCAUGUCAUAAUGUAAUUCAUGUUCAGUACCAAUUAUGUCGCUGCUAAUAGUUUGUCUGCUCACCAGUGUUAAAAAAGAAAAAAAACUGAAUUAAGUGAUACGUUACCACAGUAGGACAAAGCAUAUUAAAUGUAUGUAAAGGCGUAGAGUGGCCUUAAUACAGAGCCAGGGCAGUUUGAUUAUGAGGUUUUCAAUUAUAGGGACAAAACAACCAAACAUACUACACUUUAAAACUGAUUUAGAAAUGAGUUAUUUUUUUGUUUUAUUGGUUUGUGUAAUUUAUUGUGCUAUAGUACAAGGUAGUUUUACAAGUGAAUUUUAGAUUAGAUUGGACUAGAUUAGAUUAUUUGUACAAAUAAGCAAAGACCUACAAACAUAUGCUUAUUGAAGCCAGUGUGUAAAACAGGGUGAAAAGUGCAGCUCUGUGUCUGCACAAAUGAGCACCACCUCCACAGGUUUGUGCAGGUUUGUAAAGAGAGGGAAGGAUGUAACCUACAAAGGAUUCACUUCGCACUUUAUUUACAGGAAAGGGUUAUAAGACACGACAGGAAGGAAAUUAAGUGAACAAACUGCACAUGUGACAUUUUAAGUUCAAGAAUGUGAUGUUAGAAAUAAUUUUAGUUUUUGUUUGCCUCAAACCAAAGUGGGAGCUUUUUUUUUUUUUUAAAUGCCCAAAUAUCCCAAAACUCCAACACUAAAGACGUACAGAGCACAGAUCACUGACAUGGUUAAACUAUAUCAAAUGACUUUACCCCUCAUCUUUGUACCAACUGUAACUUUAAUAACCAUUUUUGCAGUACAUUGUUUUUUUUGUGAUUCAGGUGAUUUCAUGUUUAUGUAGUUAUAUUUUUUUUGUUUAAUGAAACCCAGCAAGUAUUUUUGUGAACACAACUGACAAAACAGAAAAAAGGGACUGUCAGAAACACGGGUAUGCUACAUGAGACUGCUGGACGGACACAUUUAUCAUAAUUGUGAAGAAAAACUACAAAAUGAAAA